GUAUUUUUUGAGUCCUUGUUCUCAUGUAGAGCUGUGGAUAAUGGUUUUCACAGCAAGGGAAAGAAGAUGUGGUUAGACAGUGUGAUGUGUCUGGAGAUCCUAUUGUUGGCCUAUGCUCUCUACGCCUCAGGAGAAUGUAAUCUUAGGAUUACCUUCCUAUGUACGGGAUUCUCUCCACCUGAUAGAAAUGCUUGAACAUCUAUCAAUUACCCCCGACGUAUUACUGGUGACUUGCGACUUCGAGUCCCUUUACACAAAUAUUGCACAUAAGGAUGGCAUCAGGGCCACUACUCAUUUCUUGGAAAAAUCAACUUCGGAGGAGCCAGCCCACCGUGCCUUUCUGGGCUCCAGAGAGACCUGCAUCCAGUUCGUUGACACAUUGAACAAUAAUGAUUUGAAUAUCCAUCUAACGUAUACCAUAUCGGACGAUACAGUGGACUUUUUGGAUCUGAGACUAUGUAAAGAACAUGAACGGAUCACUACAUCUCUUUUCCGAAAAAGCACGGCCACCAAUAAUUUGUUACACUAUCAAAGCUUUCACCCAACCCAUAUGAAAAGAGGGAUUCCAAAAGGGCAGUUUCUCAGGCUGCGGUGCAAUUGUACCGACUUCAGGACAGCCUCAGCAGAUUUGACAGCACGGUUCCAGAAAAGGGGUUAUCCCAGGAAACUUAUAUCUCAUUCCUAUGAAGAGGCCAAGAACACUGACCGGAUGGAAUUAUUCACUCCGAAACCAAAAACCAGGGAUGGUAAGGUACACCUGAUUACACGUUAUAAUAAUCAAUGGUCAGCAUUAUAUAAGAUCCUGGAGAACCACUGGUUUCUGCUUACCUCAGAUCAUAGGUUGACACCCUACAUGGACGAUAAGCCGAAGAUUAUCGCCCAUAAGGCACCCUCACUCAAAGACCAACUUGUACAUAGCCACUUUCAGCGUCCCACACGGGGACUAAAUAGAGGCAUUAAGCUGAAAGGCACACAUCCCUGUGGCCAAUGCAAUGUUUGCCCAUACAUGUUGGGGAAGGACAAUUUUAUGAAUGAUGCACAUGCUGUUCACUCACAUGCGACUAUUUGGUCCCUUAUCCUGGGUCUGCUGGGUUACCUUCCUUCGGCACCUUGGCUCGGAAAUUAUCCGAUCAUUGUUUAUUGAAUGGAACUUCACUGGACCACCAUUGAAGAGGAUUCUUCUUGACUUUUUGUCUGUUUGGACAUGUGGUGACUGAUCCAUCUGGCAUGCCUCAUGUCAAUCUGCUGCAUAUAUUCAUUGGAUGCUGUACCCUCCUGCAAUGUUAUUUGUUUGAAGAAAUUUUUUGACCCUGGGGCCUUGGCGUGGGGUGCUGUGGAUUAUAGCAUGGAGCAAAUCCUCUCUUGUACUUAACCUUCUAGUUUUCCUUUCUCCCCCCCCCCUUUUUUUUUUCUUUAAAUAUUUAUUAAAAUAUAGAAGA